GAGCAGAUAGAUUAGCAAUUUCAGCGAAGUUAGCAAAAAAAUGGCGUUGAGGUCACUAACACUACCGCCUCUUUCUCCGGUGGCCGCUCCGAAGAAGCCGGCAGCCGUCUAUGCCGCAGUACAAUCAUUAACCUUGUCGGUUUAUGGAGCAAUCCUAAACUGUCAAACGCAGGAGAAACCCGUCGUUAAACGUCGCUCCAACAAACCCGCCGGAAUUGUCUCACCAACUCCCGAUACCUCAUCCCCCUUGUCUCCAGUUCCUCAGAAAAAGGUUCUGGUCCCAAUUGGGUUCGGGACAGAAGAGAUGGAAGCGGUGAUAAUGAUUGAUGUUUUGCGGCGGUCAGGAGCCCAUGUCACGGUGGCUUCCGUCGAGGAGCAGCUGGAGGUUGAGGCUGCUGGUGGCACCAGACUGGUCGCUGAUGCUUUUAUCUCUGCUUGCUCUGAUCAGACCUUUGAUCUUGUUGCCCUGCCGGGAGGAAUGCCAGGCUCUGCACGCUUAAGGGACUGCCAAGUUCUUCGGGAUAUAAGUAUAACAACAAAACAGGCGGAGGCAAAGAGGUUAUAUGCUGCAAUUUGUGCUGCUCCAGCAGUUGCACUUUUGCCUUGGGGUCUUCUUAAGAGGAAACAGAUAACUUGUCACCCUGCGUUUAUGGACAAGCUACCCACUUUUUGGUCCGUUAAAUCAAAUUUACAAAUUUCGGGAGAGCUGACAACUAGUCGAGGCCCUGGCACUUGUUUUGAGUUUUCUAUGUCGCUAGUGGAACAGCUAUUCGGUGAGUUGGUGACCGAGGAGAUCGCUGCCACUUUGCUGUUGAAUGCUGCUGAUGGUAACUCUAGGAAGGAAGAGUUUAACGAAGUUUCCUGGUUGUCUGAUCACCCUCCUCAGGUUCUGAUUCCGAUAGCUAAUGGUUGUGAAGAAAUUGAAGUGGUGACCGUUGUAGAUAUUCUACGACGAGCAAAAGCAAAUGUUGUAGUUGCUUCAGUGGAAAAAUCGUUGAAAGUUGUAGCAUCCAGCGGAACAAAAAUAAUGGCAGACAAGGCAAUUGGCGCUGUUGCAGAUUCAGUUCAUGAUCUGAUAAUUUUGCCGGGAGGAACUUUGGGGGUUGAGCGGCUACAGAGGUCUAGAAUUGUAAAGAAAAUGUUGAAAGAACAACAACUAUCUGGAAGAAUAUUAGGAGCCAUCUGUUCUUCGCCUACCAUUCUUCAGAAACAAGGACUGCUAAAGGGUAAGAAAGCAACAGCUCAUCCCUCCGUAAUGAGCAUGCUCGACGAUGCUGUGAGUGGUGUCCGAGUAGUUAUUGAUGGCAAGAUGAUCACUGGCAGGGGACUUGCCACUGCAACAGAUUUCGGGCUCGCUAUUGUGGGUAAGCUUUUUGGGUCAGCAAGAGCAAGGAGUGUGGCAGAGGGUCUCGUUUUUGAGUACCCUAGAUGAGAUAACGUCUAGAUGAUCCAAAACUCCUGAUGAGCAUCGCAUUAUUUCUUCUUGGGUGGAGAAAGCUCGGGUUCUGUGAAAAUGCAGGAUUUAAAGAAUCAGCGGAUCGGCCCUAGUGUCCUGUCGUGUGUGAAGCAAUUGCUCACCGGAAAUGGAGGUAUUGCCGGAUAUAUCAGUCGGUCUGUUUUCCUUCAUUUGGCUCUAUUUUUUUGUUACCUUUGCUGGUAUCCUUGCCUAGAUUAAUGGUCUACUAUAGAAAGCAAUCAAAAGGGACCUUUCUGGAAUUUGUUUCCUUAUUAUUAGUUUCGACGAUGUAUGAUUCACAUAAUUUGCCUACCAUGAUUCGCAUCUUCCA